AUCAAGCUCCGCCUCUUGCCAGGCUCACCUCUGGAUUAUAUUCUGUUCAUCUUCAAAUUAACUUCUACCUUCUCCACGUCCUACGCCCUUACUCUGAUUAGGUUUUUACCUGGAUUCAUCUCCCUAUCUCCCCGAUCGGAGCUAUCAACCUUAUCAGCAAGCUCAACCGCCACAAAACCUGCUUUCCGAAGAUCUUUGCCUGCCGCCUUCCUGGUCGGGCAAGAUUUCGUCAACCCGACCAGCUGGAAUCAAUCUGCCUGUCCAACCCUCAUCUUCGCAACAUCGCGUCCACACCAACCCCCUGUUCAAUUUUGACUUUCCCCCCUUCGAUGGCCUUUUUUACGGCACCGCGAUCUCUGCAAAAUGCCGCCUCUCUGGUUCCCCGUGACGCGCUCUUGACGCAGGCGCAGGUGGGCGUCAACCUGGUUCAGGAUGUCCAGGCUCCACAUUCCAGUCACCCGCCCUUUUUUCAUCUCGUCCUUCUCGUUUUUGAAGCUGUUCUGGAGGUCGUUUGCGUGAGCUUGCCGGGGUAUAUCGUUGCGAAGCAGGGGAUGUUUGAUGCUGAGGCGCAGAAACUUGUCGCCAAUCUCAACGUCUUCUUGUUCACUCCGUGUCUAAUCUUCACCAAGCUUGGGUCCCAGCUCACCGCGGAGAAGUUGACCGAUCUCGCCAUCAUUCCAUUCAUCUUCGUGGUCCAGACCUGUGUCUCGUACUUUUGCGCCUGGGCGGUCUCGCGAUGUCUCCGCUUCAAGAAACGGCCGGCAAAUUUCGUGGCAGCCAUGGCUGUCUUCGGCAACUCCAAUUCGCUCCCCAUCUCCCUAGUCAUGUCGCUCUCCCAGACUCUGAAAGGCCUGCACUGGGACCGCGUCCCCAAUGACAACGAUGACGAAGUGGCGGCUCGGGGUAUUCUCUACUUGCUCAUCUUCCAACAGCUGGGCCAGCUCGUCCGCUGGAGUUGGGGAUACCACGUCCUGCUUGCUCCGCGGGAGCGAUACGUGGAGGAUGGCGAACGGGAGCAGGCGGAAUCUGUCGAAGACGCGCAGGAGCCAUACCGGGAUAAUCCAGAUGAGGUUGAGCAUACUGAGGAGCCACUGAUCCGUACGCGAAUUUCCGAGGAUGCUUUGGGUGGCCCGCCAGUCAGUCCUGGGGAACCAGGUCCUGGGUUCCGUUCCGGGGAGCAAACCCCUGUCAGCGCGCACACUUACUCCAAGUAUUCCCAGCAGGACGGAGCCGACACGGAACCCAGCAGCCCGACGCAUCUCGCCCCUCCACGGGGACCUUUCCUGCCCCGUCUGAGCUCGCGCGGGGAUAUCCUGUGCUUCCCCAGCGUGGAGAUUCCUCCUCGGGAGCAACGGAAGAGAGGAUCGGUAGGCAGAGCCAGGGCUUCUAUCUCCCGAAUGGGUAGUCGUGUCGCGAGCAGCGGAGGGAAGCGCAUGGACGCGAUUUUCGAAAAGCUUCCCCCGAUCAUGCAGAAAACCUUGUCUGCGUGCUCCAGUGGCGCACGGAGGUUCUUCCGGGGGUUGUGGGACUUUAUGAAUCCGCCGCUGUGGGCCAUGCUAGUCGCGAUCGUGACAGCGUCCGUACCAUCGCUCCAACACCUAUUCUUCGACGAGGGCACUUUCGUCCACAACUCCGUGACGCGCGCAAUUGGCCAAAACGCACAGGUAGCCGUGCCGUUGAUCUUGGUAGUCCUCGGCGCCAACCUAGCACGCAACACACUGCCAGAGGAGGCCCUACUAGAAAUGGAGCACCCAAAGGAGGAGAACAAACUGAUCUUUGCCUCCUUGGUAGCCCGCAUGCUCCUCCCAACCCUCAUCAUGGCACCCUUCCUCGCCCUGCUAGCGAAAUACGUCCCCGUCAGCAUCCUCGACGACCCGAUCUUCAUCAUCGUCUGCUUCCUGCUCACGGGGGCGCCGUCGGCGCUGCAGCUGGCGCAGAUCUGCCAGAUCAAUAACGUUUAUGUGUCCGCCAUGUCGAAGCUUCUGUUCCAGAGCUAUGUGGUUUGGAUCCUUCCCUCAACGCUUGUACUUGUAAUGUGUGCUAUGGAGGUUGUGGAGUGGGCGUCUAAUUCGGCGUAGCUGGUGGUUGUGGCGUUAACAGGCUGGCUUGGCUUGCUUUUUUUUUCUCUUUUCUCGGUAUUGUUAUAAUUAUGUUUCAACUGUUACGACGAAAUGAACUUGGUCAUCCAUAUUAGCCUAGUAGUAUAGGUACUGACCUACCUACUUUCC